ACAUGUGCUUCGGGCCCAAGGGUGCACAGCUCUGGUGUGGUUACAAGGAAUAGCGUGUCCUCUCCAGGGGGAUGAUAAGGCUUUAUCACACAUGCCCUGCAACAGGAGCAGAACUUUGACCCUGUGAGAUCUCGUCACAUGUAGAUUUGCCUCUGCUGAUGAUCGUCUUUGUCCAGAGAAAUGUAGUUUGUGUCUUUUUGGCUUUGGGGAGACUCAGAAGAGUGUGAGAGGAGCAACACUGAAAGAUUCCUCACUAUGAAGUGGGUCUGGGCUGUGUUCAAAGCUCGCCCGUACAUCAGUAACAUCCUGGGAUACACAGCCCUGUUCGCCUCUGCUGACCUCGUACAGCAGAGCGUGCUGGGUGAGAAACCAGCAACAGGAUCCACAUCGGAGGAUUUAGUAGGAGUCGACUGGCAUCAGACGGCUCGAGUGGCGACCGUCGGUUUUUGUUUCCACGCCAACUUCAACUAUCACUGGCUCAGAGGGCUGGAGAAGAUGCUGCCAGGAGGCGGAGUAAAGGCAGUAACUGGGAAGGUGGUGGUGGACCAGCUGAUUGCGGCUCCUCUCACCAUCAGUGCCUUUUACAUUGGUUUGAGUUUACUUGAACACAAAGAUGACCCACUUGAAGACUGGAGGCAGAAAUUUUGGACAUCUUACAAGACUGGGGUAGUAUUUUGGUCAACAAUGCAGGCAGUGAACUUUGCAUUCGUCCCCCCUGUGGCUCGGACGGUGUUUCUGGGUGGUGUCGCCCUGGUUUUCACAAUCUUCCUGUGUCACCUCAGACAGCAGCGACACCAUGAACAGGAAAGAACCUGAGACUCUCCUCGUCACAUCGAAGGCUUUAGUAAACUAACUAAAAACACAAUUCCAAAAAAGCUGGGACACUGUGAGUAAAAUCUGAAUGCAGUGAUUUAUAUACAUCAGAAACCCAUAAACCCCAGCAGCUGGUCUGUUCCCAGAUGUUUACAGGCUGCUGUUAAACAAAGACGCGAUGCUACAUUGUAGUAAAUAUGGACUUAUCCCAACUUUUUUGAGAUGUGUUUCUGCCAUCAGAUUCAAAAUGAGCUAAUAUUUUUCUUUAAACGUCACAUGAUACAUUGUCUCAGUUUUUGACAUGUUUUGUUCUAUUGUGAAUAAAAGGUUAAGAGGAUCUGGUGAAAUCAUUUGAUUUAAACAGACUAAGAGAAUACUGCAACCAAAUGCGAGGAAAAACAAAAUAGCUAAAUAAUAAUAAUAAUAGCUAAAGCUACACUUUAGCUAGCAAUGGCUCAGGGUCACUGUAGCCAUUAAUUUUACCUGAAUCCUUUGCAAAAAAUCUUUAUAGAUUUUGCAUCAUGGUACUGAUCCAGAGUACUUCCCUUAUUAUUUAUUCCUAGUGCUAUAACAAUAAAGUAAUUAAAAUAAAAAAAUAAAGCAAAAAAUAUAAAAUAAUGUACUUAUGGGGAUUCAAUUUGUUUGACUAUCCAGUCUAUGCAGGCAGAAAGUUUGUUAAAUGUUUAAACUCUAGAGAGACAAUCAUUUUG